AUGAGAACCCGCAGUAAUUCAGGGGUUCGCUUGGAUUAUUAUCAAAGAGUAGUCCAUAAGUUAAUUUUAGAUCACCAACAACCUGUAACAGGAUUAUUUCCUGCCAGUCCUCACAAUGAUCAUGCGUGGAUUAGAGACAACCUAUAUUGUAUAUUGGCAGUGUGGGGUUUAUCAAUGGCUUUCAAGAAGAUUGCAGAUCAAGAUGAGGACCGGGCUAAAACAUACGAGCUGGAGCAAAGUUGUGUAAAACUUAUGAGAGGUCUCUUGAUGGCAAUGAUGCAACACAAGGAAAAAGUUGAGAAAUUUAAAAUUACACAGCAUCCAAUGGAUUCACUUCAUGCCAAAUAUUCAUCGAUAACUGGCCGUACAGUUGUUAAAGAUAAUGAGUGGGGACACUUGCAAAUAGAUGCCAUCUCAUUAUACCUCCUUGUUCUUGCUCAGAUGACUGCAUCUGGCUUACAGAUCGUUUUUACACUAGAUGAAGUAGCUUUCAUACAAAAUUUGGUUUUUUACAUUGAAUCAGCUUAUUGCACCCCUGAUUAUGGUAUUUGGGAGAGAGGUGACAAAACUAACCAUGGGUUACCAGAACUCAAUGCAAGUUCAAUUGGUAUGGCUAAAGCGGCCCUUGAAGCUAUGAAUGAGUUGGAUCUAUUUGGUGCACGUGGAGGACCUUCAAGUGUAAUUCAUGUUUUGGCAGAUGAAGCUCAGAAAUGUCAAGCUGUUUUACAAUCAAUGCUACCGAGAGAGUCGAACAGCAAAGAAUUAGAUUCUGGCCUUCUCUCAAUCAUAAGCUUUCCAGCAUUUGCUGUAGAUGAUCCACAGCUAAUAGCAAAAACUAGAGAUACCAUAGUUACAAAACUUCAAGGAAAAUAUGGUUUUAAAAGAUUUUUAAGAGAUGGUCACAAAACACCACGAGAAAAUCCAAACAGGCUCUAUUAUGAGCCAUGGGAGUUACGAAUGUUUGAAAAUAUUGAAUGUGAGUGGCCAUUAUUCUAUUGUUAUCUAAUACUGGAUUCCUGCUUUCAAGGCGAUAAAAGCAAUGUUGCAGAGUAUAUGCAAAAAUUAGAAAAGAUAAUGAUUAGGAAAGAUGAUGGAAUAAAACUUGUUCCUGAGUUGUAUUCUGUGCCAGCAGAUAAGGCUGAUGCUGAGCAACAUGACCCUGGAAGUCAGGAAAGAAUACCACUUGGCAGGUGUCCUUUUAUAUGGGGUCAGUCAUUGUAUAUUCUUGGGAAAUUAUUGCAAGAGGGUUUUUUAGCUGUAGGUGAACUCGAUCCUCUUAAUAGAAGACUGUGCUCAGAGAAAAAGCCAGACGUGGUGGUACAAAUUGCUAUACUGGCUGAAGACAAUGAAAUCAGGGACAAAUUGUUAGAGUAUGAUUUACAUGUUCAAACAAUAAGUGAAGUAGCUCCUAUAGAAGUCCAACCUGCUAGAGUUUUAAGUCAUCUCUAUACCUAUUUGGGUCGAAACAAAAAGUUAGGUUUAUCUGGAAGAAAAUCACGUGAUGUCGGAAUACUAAGUACGAGUAAAUUGUAUUCUUUGAAUGAUCGCAUUUUUGCCUUUACUCCACAGUUUUCUGAUAUGAAGCGUUUCUACAUUGCUUCUGACUUUGAACUGAUGGUUGAUACACUCAAAGCUGAAAUUAAUUUCUUGAAGUCUUCUUGGCAAAACCUACUUGGGAGACCGCUUAAUUUUGACUACGAGGAGUACUACAUGUCUCGUGAUCCGGCGCUGCUCGCGAGCACAUUUACGACGAACGUUGCGUUCCUCGGCAUGAGCUGGAAGCAAAUGCUAGGCCGGCCGACGAUUACGUUGCUCGCCACCCAGUACCUGUUAGACCAAGGUAAAAUUCCUAUGGCAAUGAUAACGACUAUGAAAAAGUUAAAAUCUGGAUAUAUUAAUGGCACUAGAGUGAUGUUGGGCAACCUCGGCGACUUCUUGAGCACUUCGGCCAUAACAAAUUUGAGUUUUUUGGGCAGUCAAGAGGAAGGUUAUCCCGAUAAAUUAAACCCGCAAGUUCAAAGUUACUUGGAAGAGCACCUAUUGAAAUCGAUCACUAACAAACUGAGCUUCCUGUCGCGGCCAGCCGGCGCUCCAAACGCAAAAAUACUACGUCGCCGUAUGUCCGUGAAAGGCGCUAUUAAAAAGACGCGUUGCAUCAAUGUCGAUUCGGAAACCUUAGGAAUGGAAGGAGAAUAUGUUGGUCCACAUCUUGAGAGGAAACCCUCCUGGCUGGAAGUGGACCCGAUAACGGGCCGUAGUCCAUCCCCCGAGGACGCUAAAAAGAAAGUUAUAACCAAGGGUACAUCCACAACUUCUUUGGGUAUUGUGACACCUGCAAUCGAAGUGACAAAAGAACAAACACCGCCACCACCGAAGGGCACAGGUAUUGUAAAUAAAAACACACCAUCGGUAGGGCGCAACAGGACAACGUCAGAGUCGCAGAACCUCUUGUACGCCGAGCAGGAAACCGACGAACUGAUCGUAAUGCUUCGUGAAACUGAGAAUUUGGACGAGCAGGGCGACAUAUUGCAGUAUUUAGUGGACACACAGGGACUUGAUUUUAAUACAGGUAUGCUAGAAAAUGGCAGGCCGGUAACGGUGAAGGACUUGCUCAAAGCACUUUACGAGAAGGCAUGCACUCAGAAGCUGUGGGGUCUUGUGCGGCACUCCGCUGGUAUGCUGGGGAAACGCGUGGAGGAUCUGGCGAAGGCAGUUACGGACUUGCUGGUGCGGCAGAAGCAGAUCACGGUGGGCAUGCCGCCCAACAACGAACACACUAUCACCGCGCCACUGCCAGAGAAUGAGCUGCGACAACUGAUUCAUCUGGCUUACGGCGACGACGAAAGUACAGCGAUGUUAACUCAAGAGCUUCUCGUGUACCUCGCUAUGUUUAUACGAACCGAACCACAACUGUUUUUAGAGAUGCUACGACUUCGUGUUGGACUUAUUAUACAGGUAAUGGCGUCAGAAUUGUCACGGACAUUAUCGUGUAAUGGCGAAGAGGCUUCCGAACAUUUAUUAAAUUUAUCUCCAUUCGAGAUGAAGAAUCUACUGUAUCACAUUCUUAGUGGAAAGGAGUUCGCGAUCAACAGCGCAAACUCCCUGUUUCUAAUAAAGGAAAAACCCGUUAAGGAUAAAGUUGGCCGUGGAAACUUCUCCAUAGUGAGCAAUAAAUCAAAUCGUUAUGGAAAGAAAUCACAGAUCAUUCUGGAAGGGCAGUCACUUCAAAGCGGGAUUGACGAUACACAAAUAGAACAAGACCGGCAAGGGCAGUGGUUACGAAGGCGCCGUCUCGACGGAGCACUGAAUCGCGUCCCCAGAGACUUUUACCCACGCGUUUGGGGAGUUUUAGAGAAGUGCCAUGGCCUCGUCAUCCAAGGCAAAGUCCUGCAGCGGAAUUUGACACAAGAGAUGACACCAGGAGAGUUGAAAUUCGCCCUCGCCGUGGAAACGGUCCUUAAUUCAAUCCCUCAACCGGAGUACAGGCAGUUAGUGGUCGAAGCGCUUAUGGUGUUGACUUUAGUGGUUGAAUAUAAGGCCGCGAACAAUUUGGGUGGACUGAUCACCGUGGAACACUUGGUCCACAAGGCGAAUGAAAUAUUCUUGGAAGAUCAGAUGGCGUGCUCGGGCGACGCGACGCUGUGCUGCGCGAAGGCGGGGGGUACGGGCAGCGCGGGUGGAUCGCUACUGUGCGGCGGCGCCGCGGGCGUGUGUCAGCUGCUGUACGACAGCGCGCCCAGCGGCAGCUACGGCACCAUGACCUACCUGGCGCGCGCCGUCGCCGCGCUGCUCGCGCAGACCAUGCCGCACGACUCGCCCAUCGAGUGCGCCAUCACCUAG